AUGCAGUACGCAAAGUCAGUCGCUUUCAAAUUUGCGGAAAGUUGGCAGCAAUAUUCAACAAGUGCUGGUAUCACUCAAAGCAAUGUUCCCAUUUCGGAUAUUAUUCAACAAUUUACCAAUACAUUAAGUGACGAAUUGACAGAAAGGCUUACAACUCCAAAUGUUAUUUUACCUAAUGUUUCAUCCAAUCAUACAACUGCUGAUAAUGUUAGCUAUCGUGAUCGCUCAUGUGAUUGGCGAUCUCUGAAUGAAUAUGAACGACCAGCGAGUAUUGCUGAUAUCACCUGGUUAUCACGAUCAAGGUCUGAAAUGGCCUCAAGAGGGCGCAAUAUGCUUGCAGACUCAAUGAUUCAACAUCAACCGGCAUCCUCAAAUUCUAGUCGUCCAUCAACCAAGCGACUUUCUUGGUUUCGAUCACAUUUUCAAGCUAAAACAACGGUUGAACUGAUUCGAGAGGGCAAUGUAAGAUAUAUGAGUGGCUUAGAGCUUGAAACGAAACAAUGGCGAAAAUGUCGGCUAUGUCUUGUGAAAACAGCUGGAGGAUAUUUGCUCGAGUUCUAUUCGCCACCCAAAAGCAGUCGAGCGAAAUCAGGCAUUUUUUGCUUUCUGAUAAUGGAAGUUCGGGAAACAACACCGUUAGAAUUUGAAGAAGGAAACGAAUCGAUAUUUGCUAUUCGGGGAUAUAACGAUGUGGAAUAUGUGAUUGAGGCAAGGAAUUCGGAUGACUGUCAGCAAUGGUUAAGUGUAAUACGAGGUUGUAUAUCGGAGAAUGACCCAAAUUCUACACAUAAAUUUGUCCGACAACCUUCUGCACCACCAACUGGCUCUAGCUUUCUUCGUAAUCGACAAUUUUUUUCGAUGAGGUCAUUAAACAAUGUUCAUUCGAUGGGAUCAACAGGAAUGGAAACACGAAUUCCGAUAAAAGCAGUAAAUGGUUCGAUACCAGGGCUGGAAACCUAUCCAUGGUUUCAUGCGCGUUUGUCCCGUAGUGUAAGUGCUCGAUUAGUGCUUCACAGUGGAGUUGACGGACAUGGAUUAUUUCUUGUACGUCAAAGUGAAACACGUCCUGGUGAAUUUGUAUUGACAUUCAAUUGUCAAGGCAAAGCUAAGCACGUACGGAUCGUAGUGUUGCCUGAUGGGGAGUGCCGCAUUCAUCAGAUGAUUUUUGAGACAAUGAUUGAUCUCCUGGAAUAUUUCCGAGACAAUCCAAUACCUCUCGAAAGUUCGUCUACUCCACCGAUACUUCUUAACGAAUAUGUUAUUUGUUGGCGUCGGCGAUCAUUAGCAUCGCUUGAUUUAGAUGUUCGAGAUUUUUUGACAUAUGCUGGAUCGGUUCGAUUAGAUAUUCGUGCACUUGAAGAUCUCGUACGACACGAACAACAUGAUCGUCAACAUCGGACUGCAACACUUGGUAAUAGCUAUCGUUAUCAAUGA